CACCCACAAACGUAAUUGUAAUGCAGUUUGGAGGUCUUCUCGCCUAACCGUGACUCCUAUGAAAAUCAAUAAAAUGCCAGUUACGCGUUUUUGAUGCAUCUGUGCGCGAAAUAUCUCCGGUGUCUGUGAUGGACGUGAAAAAUGUCCCGGAAACAAAAGAUACGCAACAAAUUAUUAUCCAAUCAAAUAAUUACAACGUUACUGUGAUUCCUUUGGAGUUUCCGAGAAAUAGGGUAUACAAUUCGCAGAAUCAGGAGUAUAUUGUCGAUCAAUAUAGAAAGCAUGACGAAUACGUACAAUCUGAAGACGUCUCGUCUAGUCAAGGUGCUCUUUACUCGGUCUCGCAAAGGGUUCCAGCGGUUUCCAACAGUUUUUCCAGCUUAUGCGGCAAAGAUGGAGCCUAUUGUGCAGACAAUAAACAGUUCCAGGGAAUUCAAAACGAAUGGGAUCGUGAAAGGGAAAGAACGUUAAAUAAUAAAGAAACCAGCAAUGCUUCUGCAGAGGCUAUUAAUGACAAACCAACUGACGAAACAAGCACUGCCCAGUUAUCGAAAGCCGUGGUGCCCAGUACUUCGAAUAACUCAACCAAAGACAUCUUGUUAGGACCUGUGAUACCCACAUGCGUCUACUUGCACAACCACGUGGCCAUAAUUAUGGAGAUUGAGGAAACGCCUACUGCUACUUGUGAUAUAAUUUGCCAGGCCAUAAUUAAUUGCGAAGACUUAGGGAUUAACAAGCAGAUGGCCUCGCAUUUAUUUACACUGUGGAUGACGAGUCCCCUAUUAGAGUUGCAGUUAAAACCAAGCCAAAAACCUUAUGUUUUAAAACAACAUUGGAGAACAUUCAUAGAAAAAUAUAGUCACGCAUCGUAUAAUAGACAAUUAAGGGAUGAACCUAUGAUAAAAUUCCAAAAAAACAUAUUUUACCCGCUAAAUCUGGAAGAAAAAAUUAAAGACCAAAAAAUCCUGGAACUCCUCUACGAAGAAGCCCGUUACAACAUCCUGGAAGGCCGGUAUCCUUGCGAGGUAGCCCACUACAUCAUGCUUGGAGGAAUCCAAGCGCGAGUGGAGUUGGGUCCGUAUAAUCCUCAAGCCCACUCCACGCAUUAUUUCAGAGAAGAGCAGGCGAAAUAUUUGCCGAAGCACGUCAGGAAAAGUGCCACUUGGACCUGGUUGCCCAUAAGUUCGAAAAAUUCGGGCGGAGGUCAGGUUGCUGGAGCAGUUCAAAAGGAUUCCGACGUCGGCGACCAAUAGGAAGUUGAUGAAGAAGUAUUUGGAGUUUUGUUGGUCCCUGCCGUUUUAUGGGUCAGCAUUUUUUGAAGGCCAAGUGGAACAACCAGUUCGUGGUCUCCCUAGUCUUUUAACACACCAAGAUAUUCCCGUUUUAGUUGCAAUUAAUGCAAAAGGACUUUUUAUUAUUGACGACCUAGAAUGUACUCUUUUAUUGGGCCUGCGUUUCGAAGAAUUCAGCUGGGAAUACGCCAGACCGUCCCAGGAAGAUCCGAACUGUUUGCCCUGUUUAUUCCUGCAAUUUCUAGUCAUCGAAAACGGCGCUAGGGUGUCGAAAAUCCUGCAGGUCUUCUCCAAACAGGCCACCUUGAUGGACACGUUAAUAACGACAUUCGUAACUCAAAUGAAAUCGGACAAAUCUGGAGAUGAACCUGAUAAUAAAACGCUGGAAAAUCAACUCAACAACGAGACUGAAACGAAUACUCUAUCAAUUGGUUCGGAAAGUACAGGGAAUUUACCAUCGUUGACCAAUAAGUUAAACAGGUUAACCUUGGCCACUUUUGAUGAAGAUGGUCACUGCAUUGGACAAACUGGAUCAUGGUCUUUUAGUUAUUGAUGAAACUUCGAAUGCUUUAAUUUUUAAUAUUUAAUUUAUUUACAAAAUUGUUAUAAAU